AUUCGUGAAUCACGCGCUGGAGCUGCUGGUGAUCCGCAACUACGGCCCUGAGGUGUGGGAAGACAUCAAAAAAGAGGCACAAUUAGAUGAAGAAGGACAGUUUCUUGUCCGAAUAAUUUAUGAUGAUUCUAAAACAUAUGAUUUGGUUGCUGCUGCAAGCAAGGUCCUCAAUCUCAAUGCUGGAGAAAUCCUCCAAAUGUUUGGGAAGAUGUUCUUCGUCUUCUGUCAAGAAUCUGGUUAUGAUACAAUCCUGCGGGUCCUGGGAUCUAACGUCAGAGAAUUUCUGCAGAACCUUGAUGCUCUGCAUGACCACCUUGCUACCAUCUACCCCGGCAUGCGGGCGCCUUCCUUCCGCUGCACCGAUGCGGAGAAGGGCAAAGGACUCAUCCUGCACUACUACUCAGAGAGAGAGGGGCUGCAGGAUAUUGUCAUCGGAAUCAUCAAGACAGUAGCUCAGCAGAUACACGGCACCGAAAUAGACAUGAAGGUUAUUCAACAAAGAAAUGAAGAAUGUGAUCAUACUCAAUUUUUGAUUGAAGAAAAAGAGUCAAAAGAAGAGGAUUUUUAUGAAGAUCUUGACAGAUUUGAAGAAAACGGUACCCAGGAAUCACGCAUCAGCCCAUAUACGUUCUGCAAAGCCUUUCCCUUUCACAUCAUAUUCGACAGGGAUCUUGUGGUCACUCAGUGUGGCAACGCCAUCUACAGAGUCCUUCCCCAGCUCCAGCCUGGGAACUGCAGCCUCCUGUCUGUCUUCUCCCUGGUCCGUCCUCACAUUGACAUCAGUUUCCAUGGAAUCCUCUCACACAUCAAUACAGUCUUUGUGUUGAGAAGCAAGGAAGGGCUGUUGGAUGUAGAGAAGUCAGAGUGUGAAGAUGAGCUGACGGGCACUGAAAUCAGUUGCUUACGGCUCAAGGGUCAGAUGAUCUACUUGCCUGAAGCAGACAGCAUACUCUUCCUCUGCUCACCAAGUGUCAUGAACCUGGACGACCUGACCCGGCGAGGGUUGUACCUCAGUGACAUCCCUCUGCAUGAUGCCACCCGGGACCUCGUGCUCCUGGGAGAGCAGUUCCGAGAGGAAUACAAGCUGACCCAGGAACUGGAAAUCCUCACAGACAGGCUGCAGCUCACGCUACGGGCCCUGGAAGAUGAGAAGAAAAAGACGGACACGUUGCUGUAUUCCGUGCUUCCUCCAUCUGUGGCCAACGAGCUGAGGCACAAGCGUCCGGUGCCUGCGAAGAGAUAUGACAACGUGACCAUCCUCUUCAGCGGCAUCGUGGGCUUCAACGCCUUCUGCAGCAAGCAUGCAUCUGGGGAAGGGGCCAUGAAGAUUGUCAACCUCCUCAACGACCUCUACACUAGGUUUGACACUCUGACGGACUCCCGGAAAAAUCCAUUUGUUUAUAAGGUGGAGACUGUCGGGGACAAGUACAUGACGGUGAGCGGUCUGCCAGAGCCGUGCAUCCACCACGCACGGUCCAUCUGCCACCUGGCCUUGGAUAUGAUGGAGAUUGCUGGCCAGGUCCAAGUUGAUGGUGAAUCUGUUCAGAUUACGAUCGGGAUCCACACAGGGGAGGUAGUUACCGGAGUCAUAGGACAGAGGAUGCCUCGCUACUGUCUUUUUGGAAACACUGUCAACCUCACAAGCCGAACAGAAACCACUGGAGAAAAAGGGAAAAUAAAUGUGUCUGAAUAUACAUACAGAUGUCUCAUGACACCAGAAAAUUCCGACCCGCAAUUCCAUUUGGAGCACAGAGGCCCCGUGUCCAUGAAGGGCAAAAAGGAGCCGAUGCAAGUUUGGUUUCUAUCCAGAAAAAAUACAGGAACAGAGGAAACAGAGCAGGAUGAAAACUGAAUCCUGGACAGUGGGGUUAAGACCGCAGGGUGAGGUCCAGUCUCCCCCUAACAGAUGCUGGGCCCGGGACCAGUGAUUGCCUCGGUCCUUUUCAUGGUUCCCCAAGUCUUUCUCCUGUGUAUCUCUUUCCUUGUUCAUUAUUCAACUUUAGCUCUGCUUUUGAUUAUUUUUGAGGUUUAGUAUGUUAUCUGAAGUUUGGCUUUGUGCAGCUGAUGUGAGCUUCACAUGUCUUCAGAUGGACUACGCAUCCCCUGGCGUGGUGGUUUUCAAGUAGUGGGCACCCAAUAAAUAUUUGGUGAAUUUAAUUAAAUGAAACUGAACAGUAUUCAGCCAUGUGUAUAUAUAUCAUGGUUUUCCACUUCUGUUCAGUGUCUAUAUGUGUAUAUUUUAAUGACUAUAACAUAUAAAAAGGUUUUAUUGUGUUGGUGCAUAUCAUUAUAGAAAUCGUUUUCUAAAGGAGUUAGUUCAGAAUUUUAGGGGAAAAAUGCAAUUUAUUUUCAGACUCCCCAAAUAAGAAUAUAUCAUGCUAAGGAAAAUAGUAUCUAUUUAGAAUUAUGUUAAUUUCCCUUCAGAAAUAGAGAAUAUACUUCUUUGCUGUUAAAGUAUCAGGUUAUUCAUUCAGAUCAUGUGGCAAUUACAGUUCCGCUAAAAUGCUAUCCUUUGCAUUGUAUCCUUUGAGUUGUAAAUCUCAUUCACCCCAUGCAGCUGUUGGUGAAGGCAGCACUGUUUCACAAUGAGCUAUUGCAUUAGUUUGGAGUAAACGUUAGGGGCUCUAACUACAUCCAAGGAUGAAGCUGGAAGCACAGCUGGGGGUUCGGUUGGUCAGAGCCCCUCUUGGCCCUUUCUUCCCAGAAAUGAGCUCCUUUGUCUUAGCUCACAAGAACUUGAUUCUAUCCAGGGUGCCAUGUUGAGAAAAGCUACUUUAAUUUCAAUGUAGAAUGCAUUCCUGUUGGAAUCAUCACCUGUUGUUCUUCAUUAUCUCUGAUAAUUUAUUAAUAUCUAUCUUUAUAAAAUACAGGACCACUACUUUUGUGUAAAAAUGUUUGUCUUUAAAUUUAGCAUUUCCUAUCAGCACGUUGAUAACUUGUAUAAACGUUCCAUGUUCAUGUGUAAGAGAACCUGUAAUAAAUUAUUUUUUCCACUUGUCUCUAGACGGUUUUUGAUUCAAUAAAAAUGAUGUGAAUGCUCUUA